GUGGCUCGAUUCGGUGAUAAUUAGGGUUCGCCCUCUUUUAAGUAGAAGACGCUGGAUCGCUUCCCCUCCGCGUCCCAUUGCCCUCUCCCUCGCUCGCUCACUUCUUUCAAGCCCUAAAGCUCAUCUCCGAUUCGCGUCACCUGUUUCUUGUAGGAGGCGGGAUAUUUAUUUAUUUGAAAGCAAUGGCUGUUGUUUUCCACAAUCUCAAUGGUGCGUCUGGCCUCCAGAAACUCAAUGACUAUCUUCUUACCCGCAGUUAUAUUACUGGUUACCAAGCUUCAAAUGAUGAUAUUGCUGUGUAUGGUGCACUUAAUGCAGCUCUGUCUUCGGACUAUAUCAAUGUAGCUAGGUGGUAUAACCACAUUGAUGCUCUUCUCAAGUUGUGUGGUAUCUCUGAGGAAGGCAAUGGUGUGAAGAUUGAAUCAUUUGAGGAGGCCCCAUGCUCCCGUGUUGCUGGUGGCAAGGCCUCAGCAGCGGAGGAUGAUGACGAUGACAUGGAUUUGUUUGGUGAAGAGACUGAAGAGGAAAAGAAGGCAGCUGAAGAGCGUGCAGCAGCUGUCAAAGCAUCUGGAAAGAAGAAAGAAUCUGGAAAGUCUUCAGUACUUCUUGAUGUAAAACCAUGGGAUGAUGAAACAGAUAUGCAAAAGCUUGAAGAAGCUGUAAGGAGUGUCAAGAUGGAGGGUUUGCUUUGGGGAGCCUCAAAACUUGCCCCGGUCGGGUAUGGUAUCAAAAAAUUGCAGAUCAUGUUGACCAUUGUGGAUGACUUGGUCUCUGUUGACAACCUUAUUGAGGACUUUCUCUUGGUUGAACCAGCAAAUGAGUACAUCCAGAGCUGUGAUAUUGUGGCAUUCAACAAAAUAUAGGAUUGUUGUAAUCUUGGCUGGUGAUCCUGUAGCUGAGCUCCAAUUCUUUUUCCUAGGUAAAAAAUUAAGCUAUUAUUUUUCUAGAACAUGCUCUGAUAGACAUUUAUGAAACACUGCUGUUAUCAUAUCUGGUCCUAUGAGUUUAUCAAACCCACUCUUUAUUAUACUUUGUUGUUACUCCCAUUAUUUUUAUAAUGGUUUUAUUAUAUAUUUGGAUCGA